UCUCGCACUUCUCGUCAACCAUCAUCGGCCAUCCGCAGUUGACUUUUUCUUUCUCGUCGUAGCGGUCGUUCCACCAGAUUUGUGCCGUGUCAUCAAGUUUUUUUUCGGAAUUCUGAGUGAUUCGUUCCGGGGUCAUCCUCGAUAAUUGCUUUAGAGACUGCCGGUAGCAACAUCCGCGGACACGUAACAAUUGCUAAUUGAUUGCGGUGAGGGUAGGGAAGCACCCGUGAAAACAGGAUGGGUCUGCUGUACAAAAUCCGCAUCAGGGUCGUUAAUUUCCUGGUGUUUUUCUUCCUGGUGGUUCUGAUACCGGGACUGCCACCGAAGACAACGUUCCCCUUCGAAGGUUUCAGCAUACCGCCGCUGAAAGAACUGAAGGGUGGUCUGGAGCUGAACAACCAUCUCGACAACGCCGAACGGUUAUACGAAGGAAAACUGUAUGGCCCGGAGGCGAUCUUGGUACGCGAUAAACAAAUCUUCACCUCCAUUCACGGUGGCGAGGUAGUUGCCAUCGUUGGCCAACACAUCACACACGUAGCCAAGUUUGGCAAACCAUGCGAAUCUACCGCAGAGGAGGACGUCUGUGGACGCCCACUGGGAAUGGCGUUCGAUACGCAAGGAAACAACCUGAUUGUUGCCGAUGCGUACUAUGGCAUCUGGUUGGUGGAUCUUAGCACUAAGGACAAGUUCCAAUUAGUUUCCAGAGAUACGAUUCUUGAAGGCAAGGGAGUCAACCGUAAGCCACGAUUAUUUAACAGUGUGGCAGUUGCCAAGAAUGGAGAUAUCUACUGGACCGAAUCGACGUCAGAUUUCGAACUAAUGGACGGUGUGUUCAGUCUGUUUUCCAACCCUUCGGGACGGUUAUUCCACUACGAUAGAAAAACAAAGAAGAAUACCGUUCUUCUGGAUCGACUGUAUUUUGCCAACGGGCUGGCGCUCAGUCCGAAUGAAGACUUUGUGGUGGUUGCAGAAACGAUGUCGUCAUUGAUUCAUCGGUACUAUCUGAAGGGACCCAAGGCCGGAACGGACGAUAUCUUCGUAGAUGGUUUACCUGGGAUGCCAGAUAACUUGAUUGCAAACGAGGAAGGUCUAUGGGCUCCACUGGUUAUGGCCGCCGAUGAGGAGAAUCCUUCGUUAACUCGCCUCAUGUCUCGAGUGCCGUUGGUACGAAAGUUUUGCUCCCGCAUGCUCAUGAUAGCAGAGUUGCCGUUCCGGAUUCUACAUCAGGUGUGGCCCACUGUUCACAGUCAACGACUUCUACACGCCAUUGGUCACUUCGAGACAAUGAGGUUCCUCGUGGCGGAUCGUGUGACUCUGGUACGGCUAGACUGGAAGGGAAACAUUGUUGGAUCACUGCAUGGGUUCGAUAAGUCGGUGUCAUCGGUGUCGCAUGUUGCCGAAUUGGGAGACUACUUGCUUUUGGGAUCGCCGUUCAACAAAUUCCUAGCCAGAGUUCCAAUUCCGAAGGUGCCGAAGAUGAGCGUUCAAAAUGUACGGUUUGAGCCUGCGGGGGAAGGCAGUAAGAAGCCGGAAGUAACGACGACAACAACAACAACGACUACGCCCAAGCCAACCACUACCACUGCAGCGCCAACGACGACGACGACGACAACGACAACAACUCCAAAGCCAACUACCACCACUACAACAACUAAAAAGCCAGUGACAACCACCACAACUCCAAAACCCACAACCACACCGAAGCCAACCACCGAGAAGCCGGUGACCACUACUCCAAAGCCGACUACCACGACGGAGAAGGCUGCACCUAAGCCAACCACCACUACCGCAGCUCCACCCAAAAAGCCGGCUGCAGAGAAGCCAGUUCCUCCCAAGGAAAAGCCCACUCCCGCCACGGAGAAGCCGGUACCGGUAACGGAAAAACCCGCUCCUUCAACGGAAGCGCCCGCCAAGAAAGAGAAAAAGAAGGAGAAGGCCACACCCACCACGACUCCCGCUCCGGAGCGGACCGUUGAUCCGGCUCCUAUCCACGAAAAGAUUCCCAACGACACUCCGAAGCCAAAGCAAGAGAAGCUGAAGGUCAUCAAAAGGGGCGGCGAGCAGGGUGAGCUCUAAUGCCGAGAUGGCCCGCUUCCCAGCCUCCGUAGGAACAAAUCAAAUUCGAGAGAUGGGUGAGUUUCCGAAAGAAAACGCACAAUCAGUCUUCAAUGAGUUAUUUUGAUUUUGAUUGAGACAUUGGAGGCAACAUUCUGCAGCAUGCGAUCAUGAACAGCGGCAGCUCUUCUUUCAAACUUCACUCGAAAUUCAUCUUCAACUUUUGUCGUCGCCAUACCGUCUCAUGUGCGACUAAUGGUCUCUCUUGGCCUCCUAGUUUGUUGACUAAAAUCCUAUUAAUUUAUUAAUUAUUUGUUGUAUACUUAUAUGACUUUUAAUGUGACUUUCCCCUUUACUGUCGAAGUUGUUUAACUGUUUUUUCUGUAUUCGGAAUCUUUCAAAUCGUGAGAAUUACGUUCUAUUAGGUGUUAAGGUGUUAGGCCAUUGGUAAAUGGAGUCGAAAUUAGCAAAACAUGAUUUUGCCAGUUGAAAAUUAUGGUAAAGUAGGUACUUGUUUCGAUUAGGAAACAUUACUUAAGCGAAUAGUCCAAUGAGAUUGAAUUAUCUAUUUAAAGCAGUUUGAUGUUUUUUUUUUAAUUUUCCAUCACGUGUAGACAAACAUUCAAGAGAAGGGUCGUUUUCUCUCCACGGAAAAAUACUAGCGAUAGACUAAACUGCUUUAUUACAACUGAUAACACUACCCUAAGUACUAGAAAAUCGUACAGUGAUCAAGAGUUUAAAAAGAUAAUGGGAAAACAAAGGAUUUGGUGAAAAGAA